CACAACAACCACCACUUCCGGCAAUCCCGUUCUCUUAAUACAUCCGUGGGCCAUCCUAGGAAGACGCAUACUCGCCAAGUCCGUCGGUAGCUUGCUCUUGAUGGAUUUACAUUAAAUGUCAGCGUAUAUGAGUGCACUAUAAUCAAUAACAUCUUUAGUGCAAUUUCAGUGUCGGGUGGUUUGACCGUAGUUAUUUAAAAGGAGGUUGCUAAAGAAGUCAAUAAGCGGAACUAUUGAUAUUGAUGCGUUGGCUUACAGGAAGAGGACUCAUAAUUCGGUUGCACGCUGUCUGGUAAUCACCCUUAAUACGUCCAUGGUAAUCCUCCGUUGGAGAGCUUUCGCUACCUUGUUGACCAGUUUUGGCGUGAGUUUUCGGUCAUGUUUCGGAAUGUUUUCGGUAGAUUGUUAACGGAACCGAUCCGUGUGCACAGCUAUGUGAAGAAUGCACCUUUGAUACAGAGGGGAACGCCCGCCUCUGUCCCGGCCAGGAGCUUCUCGGACGUGAAGGACGAAGUGCAGCAGCCCUUUGACACCUCCCUGCUUGAGUUCCUGGUAUGUCCGCUGUCCAAGAAGCCGCUGAGAUACGAGGCUGAGACCGGCGAGCUCAUCAACGAGGAGCUUGGCAUCGUCUAUCCCAUAGUUAACGGCAUCCCCAACAUGAUCCCCCAGGAAGCCAGACUCCUGCAGAAAGACGCAGACGCCUCAACCUCGCCGACACAGGAGUAAAAAAAAACUGCCGUCAUCACCUUCGGCUUGCCACCCAAACAACCAACACACUCCGGGAUCCACAGUGGGUUUAGCACUAGCCAGGUUAGCCAUUGUUAGCGACAGCAGUCGAUAACAACGCAUUUACGCUGUUUUUGUGCAAACAAACAGUGUAUAGCAACAUAUCAACAGAUAGAAGUUGGACAGGACUGUGUGUGCGUCUUAUUUAAUGAUAUACAAAUAAGCCAGACGUGCUAAUAAACUGCAUGUUACUACGCUUUCACUACUGUUGACGCACGGAGCAGCCAUAUUGGAUUUUGAGCUCGGGGUACUGACGCACUUUGUUGUGCGACUUCAGGGAGGCGUGUUUCUGACUUUAAACUCUGACAUUUCAAGUUUUAAAGGUUGCUGGACUUAAUAAGCAAAAUACUUACAAACUGCAUUUUU